AAUACCGAUGAGUAAUGAUUUACACUGUUUUUGUUUUGCAGGCAUCAUUCUAUUGAGUUCAAAGUGCAUUUUUUUGGCCUUUGUUGGGCAGUUCAGAAAAAAGGUAGAUAAAUAAAAGUUACAAAAGAGAUUGCCAGACUAGAACUAUGCCUCACACCAUGCAAAAGCCUACAGGAAUUUUCUGCUCAAAGACCAUGGCAAAGCUUCUUAUUUCUAUAGUGGUGAUGCAAAUUUCCGCAGAGGUGUCCGGCUCAGGCUUGGAUCCAAUUUUUGAGUACAUUGAUGAGCAGCAAAAUGAAUUUGUGCAGAGGCUGAAGGAAUGGGUGGCUAUACCAAGUGAUUCCAGUGACCCCCAAACAUGGGACGAAGUGGUUAGAAUGCUAAAUGUGACAGCAGACAAGAUCAAAACGUUGGGAGGAAAUGUUGAGUUUGCAGAUGUGGGAAGUCAAAAGAUGUCUAAUGGGCAGUCAGUUCACCUGCCACCUGUAAUAUUAGCUGAACUCAAGAAGGACCCAAAGAAACCCACUCUCUGCAUUUACGGGCAUGUUGACGUGCAGCCUGCUAAGAAGGAAGACGGCUGGACCACUGACCCGUACACACUCACAGAAAUUAGUGGUAACCUGUAUGGACGUGGCGCUUCAGACAACAAAGGCCCAGUUUUAGCCUGGCUCCAUGCUGUGGAAGCUUAUCAAGCCCUAAAGCAGGAAAUUCCAGUGAACAUCAAGUUUAUUAUUGAAGGCAUGGAAGAGGCUGGAUCCAAUGGCCUGCAUAAACUCACUGAGCAACGGAACAAGACCUUUUUCUCUGACGUUGACUAUAUAGUCAUCUCAGACAAUAUCUGGAUCAGCAAGAAACCAGCUAUCACAUAUGGAACCAGGGGGAACUGUUACUUCUUUGUAGAGGUCGAAGGCCAAAAAAAAGAUUUGCACUCUGGAGUUUUUGGUGGUUCCAUUCACGAAGCAAUGGCAGACUUGAUAGCUUUGCUUGACAGCCUUGUGGAUUCCAGUGGUCGCAUUCUGGUCCUUGGUAUCAAUGAAGCUGUCGCCCCUCUCACAGAGGAAGAGAAGAAGAGGUAUCAGGGGAUUGAGUUUGAUCUGGAAGCACAUAAAAAGGAUUCUGGUGUGACAAAAUUCUUAUUUGAUACCAAGGAAGAAAUACUUCAGCACCGUUGGCGCUAUCCAUCCUUGUCGAUCCAUGGAAUUGAGGGAGCUUUUUCUGAAACUGGAACCAAAACUGUUAUCCCUAGAAAAGUGAUUGGAAAAUUUUCAAUUCGUCAGGUUCCUAACAUGGAUCCUUCAGAGGUGGAAAAACAGGUCACAAAAUACCUUCAGAAAGUGUUCGCCGAGCGAAAUAGUCCCAACCAGCUGAAAGUGACUAUGCCUAUUGGGGCAAAACCAUGGGCAGGCAAUGUGAGUGAUCCUCAGUUUGUAGCUGGACGCAGAGCAGUAAAAACAGUAUUUGGCGUGGACCCUGACCUGAUUUGUGAAGGAUCCAGCAUUCCCAUUGCUAGAAACUUUCAGGACGUGACAGGCAAGAGCAUCAUGAUGUUGCCAAUAGGGGGCGCGGAUGAUGGCGAACAUUCACAGAAUGAGAAAAUGAGCAGGUCCAACUACAUACAAGGAACAAAGCUGUUUGCAGCUUUUUUUUAUGAACUUUCUCAACUUCCACAGAAAUAACUGAGUCUCACUCAGAAUGGAAUAGAAUAGACUAGCAUAGAUUAACUAAACAAUAUGGUGUAGAACCUAGAUGAAUAUAAGUAGGUAGUCAAAAUUGACAAGGGCCAUGGUUCACAGUGUCCAUGUAUGGUAUGCAGUACACCCAAUGUGAAACAAUUCAAUCUGUGAACAGAAGACACGUGCUCCAUAGCAUGAUGACUAUGGAGGCACAAUUUCACAUUAAGGUUCCCCAGAGGUCCAAGAAAAAUAUCUUGAGUUAGACUACUAGGCUUAACCUUCAUGAAAAAUCACAAAACGACAACAACAACAACAACAAAACUUGACACAAAUUGACUGGAUUUUCCCAUACUGUUGAAGACGGCAGCACGGUUGCCUCUUUAUUUUGUGUGCAUCAGCCAUUAGUUCACAAAAGGUGUAUUGUAUACCGUACUCAAUGACUUCUUUUAUGGCAUAUUCUAGAAUGGGAAAACCUCUGUAGAAAUCUACCGAGGCUCUUUGCCCUGAUUAUCCCCCUGACAAACUAUACCUCCCUUGAAUUUGAAUCAUGGUUCUAUAAAAUACAGUCUAUAUGGUAUUAUGUCAUUAACCUGUGUUGUUCUGCAUUUCACAUCUCAGUUAACAAUACAGACCAAAUAUGGCACUGACAUGAUGUAACAAAUGUAAUAAAUUUAUAAAUCA